AUGGCACGAUGGGUUACUCUGGAUGACCUCAAGUUCGUCAGAAAUGCCGAUUCAGUUGUAUUAGAAUGGACAAACUUUGAUUAUAAGGAUAUGAAUGAGUUUCUCAGAUAUUGGGUUGAUUGUGAUGAGGAAAUGAUGAAGCGGUUGGAGUUGAAAAUCCGUAAAGAAAUCGAUCAGAAUGUUCUUACUGACCAGCUUUUUGUUUUGAAAGUUGAGGAGGGAAAUUCACAACAUUACUACUUAAAAAAGAGAAACCAGAACACAGGAAAGAUUGUGUUAGGUCAUUUGGAAGUGAAGGAGUUCAACUGGAUCGUCUUUUCAGAAACGAAUUUCAAUGAGAAGGGGAAUACCAUGACAACAUUGAAUGCUUCUGUGAGAAAGUUUUUGUUGGAACAAUGA